AUGUUUGAUCGAUCUAAGAAUGUUUUUUCUAGAAUUGCCAAUUCAACUAUCGAUACUUUCGAUAUUUUUGGAUAAUUACCGACCUUCAGGGUCCUUGACAAAAGUAAGUACACUUCUGUGGUUGGGUGUUGUAUGACCUUCCUAAUAGGAACAGCUACGUUAAUUUACUUAGUGACUGAAAUAACAGCUCUAUUACACAAAGCUGAACCUAAAGUUGUUACAUCUGAGCUUCAGAUAUUUGACUCAACAGUAAUUAUCAAUCCUAUUUAAGUCUUUCCCACUUUUUAAUGAUAAUUUCACUCUUGCUGUUACAAUUGCAACUAAAAAUUCAGAACCCAUUAAAGGGUAAAUGAAAUAUUACAACUUAUCGAUGAGUCAUUGUGUGAGAGAAAGACUAUUAAAUGAAACAACCGGUAAGGUUUAAGUUUCACUAAAGUAAAAAUAAAAGGUAUUUAGUUGCUCCCCAUUGCCUAUUGCCCCUUGUGUUGCUGAAGAUUUUGAUAAUGAGUUAUAGAAAGAAUUUUUCAAAAAUACUAGAUUAGGUGUUGUCUAAUGUAUCAAUCGAACUAGACUUAGGAAUAACCCUCCUGUAAAAUUUUUAUGUUAAUUUAAGGUUUUGUAAGGUCAAAUCUCAGGGUAUAAGUAUUAGUACUUAGUAAUUGAAUUAAGCAUUUGCAAAAAUACUACAGAAUAUUAAGGUUGUGCACCAAUAGAUGAAAUCAAGAAAGUUUUAUCUGCUGGCCAUUAUUCUGUUUAUGCAAGUGAUUAUUUGAUGCAAUUGAAUCAUCCUGAUACACCAUACUCCCAACUUAUUAAUUUAGACAUAAAUAGUUUCUCCAUCUCAACCUCUAAAAUGUUAUAAUGGACUUAUAGAAUAUCAGAAACUCAUACAGAUAAUGGAUUCCUAUUUAGCACAGACUAAGUAGAUUUAAAUUUAAAAAAAUAAGACAGAAGAGAAUAUACUGAGUUAUAUAAUGAUGAUUAUCUUGUUUACCAUUACAUCUAAUUAGAUUACAAAGAAACUAUCUAUUAGAGAUCGUACAUUAAGAUAUAAACAAUAUUAAGUAAAAUUGGAGGAAUUUGGUAAUUAUUUAUGGUAAUGGCUGCCUUAAUUAUAAAUCCAUUAAUAAAUAAUCUGAUGACCAUUUCAAUAGCAAAUGAAUUAUAUAGAUUUCCUAAUUCUGAAAAUUAAAGACCAUAAAAUAUAGAGAUAAUUAAUUUAUAAUAAAGUGAUUAAGUUAUAGAUGUCUAAGAAUAAAUUAGAAGAACUAGAGAAAUUAAUACUGAAGAAAAAUUGUCAACAAGUAUUUAUGAAUCUCUUCUUAUUCUAUUUGGUUGUCAUAAAAAGAAAAAAAAAAUGUUUGCUCAAGUUAAAUAAGAAAUACUUUCAUAAAUGGAUGUGGUGAAAAUCAUUUAAAAGCUACAUGAAGUUGAUCUACUGAAAUUCAUUUUAUUAAAUGAUGAAUAGUAUAAAUUGUUUGAUCUUCUACCUAAACCUAUCUUAUAAGAUGAAAAAUUGUAAAUGGAAGAUAUGGGUAAUGAUUUAAUAUCUGAAGCUGGGUUUUAAAAAAGUUUUAGAGCUAUUAAUAAUAAUAAAAAAUUGUAAUCUAAGAAUCUUAAAGAUUAUUAUUGUUCUUUCUCUUCAUUAUAAUAAGAUAAAAGAAGAAGUAGUGUUGAUGAUAAACUAUUAUCUAUGAUUGAUAGAAAUAUAGUUUAAUUUUUUGAAUAGAUUUAAAUGUCCUAAUAACGUCAAGGAAACUUAAGUCCAUUAGAUCCAUUUUUUAGAUCUAGAAUAGAAGAAUCAAUCAUAGAGCCUAAGAUUUAAAGACCUAAAUGA